AUGGAGGGGUGUCAUGAUGACGGUAUUGGAGAUCGGACCGUUGUGGACGAAAAAAUUAUUACUACUACUGGCUGCAUUAACAGAUUGAAGAUGGUGGACGUCCCGUCUGGAAAAGUAUGCAGAGUUGGGAUGGAUUGGAUGGGUGGUGAUCGGCACGAAGUAAAGGUUCACCGAGGUUCAAGCACACGAGCAAGUGGGAACCAGACCGAAAGCCUUGUCAUCUCCUUCUUGGGCCAGUCAGAAGUAGGGCCUAUGUUCAAGCAACACCGGAAGCCUCUGUCUACAGAUCCAGGCAGCUGGAAAAAGACUUUUCCCAUCCAGGAAAUUCAUUCGGUUGACCUGACCUUUCAUCCACCCCAUAUCGCGAUUGUAUCUCCAGUGGCCGGCGUAUCCACGCGGAAAGGGAACUAA